AUGUGCAAUCUAACCAAAUUUCGUAACAAGACCUCCCGCCCCUCGCGAUCUGCUAGCGCCGCGGCAGUCACUCCCGUCCGUGCGAUGGCGGGCGGCGACGGAUCUGAGCCGUCCGGGCGCAUCAUCCGCGGCAAGUGCUUCGUGCUGGAGGACAACAUCGACACGGAUCAGAUUAUUCCCGCCGAGUACCUAACGCUCGUGCCGUCCAACCCCGACGAGUACGAGAAGCUCGGGAGCUACGCGAUGGCGGGGCUGCCCGCGAAGCACACGCUGCGUUACGUGCAGAAGGGGCAGAUGAAGACGGAGUACGCCAUCAUCAUCGGCGGGGCUAACUUCGGCUGCGGGUCGUCGCGCGAGCACGCGCCCGUUGCGCUCGGCGCGGCGGGCUGCCGUGCGGUGGUGGCGGAGUCGUACGCGCGGAUUUUCUUCCGCAACUGCGUCGCGACCGGGGAGUUGUACCCGGUUGAGGCGGCGGAGGGACUUGGCGCGAGGCUGUGCGAGGUGAUUAAGUCGGGGGAUGAGGUGACCGUAGAUCUGGAGCAUGAUCUGCUGAUCCACCACACCACAGGCAAGCAGUACGCUCUGAAGCCCAUUGGGGAAGCCGGGCCCGUGAUUGACGCUGGGGGUAUUUUCAACUUUGCCCGCCAAUCUGGCAUGAUUGCCAACAAAGCUUGA